CCCGCGUUUUUAUUGUUUUGUGGCGAAUGGUUUUAAUCGCCAAGAUGACUUCGUUCAAUUCAAACCGCGUGCGUAAAAUACUUUUAUCCGAAAGUUCUGCUUCAAUAGAAGCAAAAGUUGAAAUGUUUAAAGAACGUUUAUGGGUACAUGAAUUAAAUACAAAUAGAGAAAAAGAAGGUGAAUAUCAUACUCUUUUUUCUAAACUAAAAAAGCAUCCAGACAAGUUUUUUGAGUACUGCCGUAUGGAUGAAGAAACUUUCAACAUAGUACUUGAUGCUAUUAAAGAUACUAUACAAAAAUCAGAAACAAAUUUCCGAAAGCCUAUAUCAUCAGAAGAGAGGCUUUUAGUUACUCUGAGAUUUUUGGCUACUGGUUGUAGUUUUAGAAGCUUAGCUUUCACUUUUAGAAUGGGAAAAACUACUAUUUCAAAAAUUGUAGUAGAGACAUGUAGUGCUAUUUGGGAUAAAUUAUUCCCUACUUAUUUGCCGGAACCUACAGUUGAUAUGUGGAAAUCAAAUUCCAAAAAUUUUUAUAAAAAUUGGAAUUUUCCGAAUUGCCUUGGAAGCAUCGAUGGAAAACAUAUAAGGAUUAAUCAGCCACAAAAUUCGGGUUCAAUGUACUACAAUUACAAGCAUUUUUUUUCUAUACAUCUACUUGCUGUUUCUGAUGCAAAUUACAAAUUUGUGAUGGUUGACAUUGGUGCGUAUGGCAGGGAAAGCGACGGCGGAGUUUUAAAAAAUUCAGAAUUUUUCAAAAAACUUCAAAAUAAAAAACUGAAUAUUCCUAAUAAUGCAGAACUUCCAAAUACCAACAUCAAAGUACCAUACACAUUCAUAGGCGAUGAAGCAUUUCCAUUAUUAGUUAAUAUAUUACGACCAUAUCCUGGCAAACAACUCAUAAAUAAUAAUAAAAAAAAAGUAUUUAAUUACAGACUUUCUCGGGCAAGGCGCACAGUUGAAAAUACUUUUGGUAUUCUAUCCUCGAAGUGGAGAAUAUUAAAUAAAGCCAUCGAAACUAAUAUUGAAAAUGCUAUUAUAAUUACAAAAGCAGUAUGCAUAUUGCACAAUGUAGUAUUAACGCAUAAUAAACAACCAAUACAAAAUAUUAUUCAAAAUUUAUCUGAAGAAAAAGUUGCUAAUAUCUCUGACGGCAGAAGAAAUAAUAGAUUUAGUACAGAUGCCAGAGACACUAGAGAAAUAUUCGCCAACUAUUUUAUUAGUGAGUAUGGUUCAGUUCCUUGGCAAAUGGACUAUAUUUAACAGUAGGUAGAUAAUGUAACUUUGAUAAUAUCAUAUAGAUAUAGAUAGGUAUUACAUUUUUAAAAUAUUUAUUUGACUUUUGUCACAGGUAUCAAUUUAUUUUUUAAAUUUUAAAACGUUUAAUACCUAUAGGAUAGGGACCUACCUAGGUAUUAUUAUAUUUGAUCAUUUUUUUUUUUUUACUUUAUUUCGUUAUUAAACUUAUUUACCUAUAGUGAAAUAUACUGCAACGAUGUAAUUGUUCGUCAAUUUUAAAUUUCAAUCAAAUCGUGUUACUAUUUUAAAACCAAAAAUAAACUGGAAUAAUCAUUAUUUUCAUUUAAACCGUAGGUCUGGAUUAUUUAUAUUUUGUAUUUGUGUACAUUAUAAUUUAUAAGUAACUGCUCGUAUAUUAGACUUCGACUUUAUUAUUAAAAAUAGAAUAAUUACAUAUGGUAAGCUUAUUCAAUUGAUUCAAAUGUAAUUUCCCAAUCGGCUAUCUAUAAUAUUCUAUCGAGUACCUAUCAACCUAUUCUUAACUAUUUUAACUAGUGUACUGUGUAAUUGAUUAUAGUAUAAUUUAUAAUUUAUAGUAAGUUUAUACGUACUAAUGUAUACAUUUUAUUGAUUAAUAAUAAUUUUUAAUAAUUUUUAUUUAUAAUCAAUGUAUAUGGUUGACGGUUGUAUAUGUUCAAUAAGCUAUAAGUAUCAGAAUAAUAUUAUAUUGUAAUACCAAUAGGUACCUAAUGACUGAUGUACGAUGUACCUAUACUUUUUAUAAAGUUUGCAAUAUUGCUUAUAAAUUAUAAUAUUAUUUAAUUAUUUAUUCCUUAUAAGUUUAUAUAACUUAUACUUACUUUUAAGUGUUUAAUAAAUAAAGCUAUAUGCCAAUAUACGUAAUAUGUGAAAUAUUAAAAUAAAGUGAA